AUGUCAAAUCAAGAAGAAAUAUCACUUGGCGCUAUAAUCUUCAUAGCAGCCAAACCAAUUGUCAAGAUCUACCUUAUUAUGUUCCUUGGUUGGUUAUUAGUUAGACAUAACAUUUUAACAAUGGAGACAAGUAGAGGAAUAUCAAAUAUGGUUGUCAAUGCCCUUUUACCAUGUCUUAGUUUCAACAAGAUUGUCACCAAUCUAUCAGGUGGGCAAAUCAAAGAAAUUGGUGUAUCUGUAUUAACUGCAAUGCUUGUAUUUGGAACAGGUGGUGCCCUAGCUGUUUUAACAAGAUUUAUUACACCAGUACCCAAGAAAUGGGUUUGGGGGCUUAUAUUUGGUGGUAUCUUUGCAAAUAUUUCAGACUUACCAAUCGCUUAUACCCAGAGUAUGGGAACUGGGAUUGUAUUUGAUCAAAAACAAGCUGAUAAAGGUGUGGCUAUAAGUUGUAUCUUUUUAGCAUGUCAACAAUUCUUGAUGAUGAAUAUGGGGAUGUUUCAAGUGGUUGGAUUGGAUUUUAGGGAUGUUCAAGAAAGAAAGGGUUUGAGAGAUGAAGAAAAAGGUGAUGUGAGCGCUGAAGCUGAUAAAAACUCUGAAUUUAAUGUUGUUCCAUUAGUUCGUGAUGAAGAUGACGACGAUGCUGCUAGUGAUGCAGUUUCAGAGGAGAGCUAUAGAAGUCAUGCUACAUCAAGUAGGAGAAGAAGAAGAAGCUCUGCAAUCUCUAGAGCUUCAUUUUCAAGAGUUCUUACUGGAGAGUCUGGAUAUUCCACGAGAUCCAAAAAGUCGAAAGUUCAAAACAUUCAAUCAUUAAUUGAAGAGUAUAGUGAAGCUGAUCGAAUCAAAUCAAGAAACAUGGACCUUGGAAGAACUGUUUCCAAAACUCAAGAGAUUGGGUUGAAUCUUGAUUCUGAUGAAGACGAGAAACCAACAUAUUCAAAGUGGAACUUAUUGGUCAAGAAAUAUAAACUAUUCUGGCUUGAUUAUUUACUAAUCAACCUUAUGCGCCCUGCUUCUAUUGUCUUGCUAAUAUCAAUACUGGUCGCUAUGGUUCCAUGGUUAAGAGCCUUAUUUGUCUCCAACAGCAUACACAUUCAUAGUGCACCUGAUAAACUACCACCUUUGAACUUUGUUAUGGAUUUCACUAUAUACGUUGGAAAUGCCGCAAUACCAAUGGGACUUUUGUUACUAGGUGGUACAAUUGCAAGGUUGAAGAUCAAUGAAAUCCCCAAAGGUUUUUGGAAAACUUCAUUGUUUCUAACGCUUUGUCGUCUUGUAUUGAUGCCAAUCAUUGGUGUACUUUGGACAAAUAGGUUAUAUUCAAAUGGGUGGAUCACGGAUGAUAUUUCAAGGUUUGUUUUAAUCAUAAGUUGGGCAGUUCCAAGUGCAACUGCUCAAGUUUACUUUACUGCAUUUUAUACCCCAUUAGAAGGUGAUCAUAUUCAAAUGGAUUGUUUGGCUAUUUUUCUAUUGAUGCAGUAUCCAAUAUUGAUUAUAACACUAGCUAUUACUGUUAGUUAUGUUCUUAAAGUUAAUUUAGGGUAUUAA